AUGCCUUUGGUGAUCACCAUUGGCCCAAAGAGCAACUGUCAGAAGAGUGCUUUUAGAUACCUGAAUGUUUGGUCACAACACAAGGAUUUCUUGCAAGUUGUUAAAGAUAAUUGGAAGAAUGAGUCACACCCUGACCCCUUCAUCAGCUUGUGGCAAAAGCAAAAAAAGGGAUUGGUGAAUGCAGUGGAUAAGGCUGGAAAGGAGUUACAGGAUAUGGAGGAGGAGCACAACAAAGGAAAUACUGAUGAUACUGCUCCUUUAGAGGCCAAUGAGAAAGUAUUGCCUGCUGUGACAGAAAUACCUAAAGAGGAGGAGAUUCAAAGAGCUUUGCAGUCCAUUGAUAAUAGUAAAACAGCUGGUCCUGAUGGUUUUAUUGUAGACUUCUACAAAAAAGCAUGGGGGGAAAUUAAGGUUGAGUUCAGAACUCCGAGCCUUACCAAUGUAAUCAGCAAAAUUAUCAGUAAAAUUCUGGUGAGCAGACUUCAACCAGUUCUAUCUCAGCUAAUUCACACUAAUCAAGCAUCUUUAGUGAAAGGGAGAAGUAUAGGGGACCAAAUUUUAUUAGCUCAAGAAUUAUUACAAGACUUGGAGGGACCCUUUAGAGGAAGAAAUGUGAUCUAUAAACUGGAUUUGAAGAAAGUUUAUGAUAUGGUGAACUGGGAUUUUAUUAUGGAAUGUUUGGAGGCUAGAGGAUUCUCUGUGGAGUUCUGCCAGACCCUUAAAAGAUGGCUACAGGCCAAUGCCAAUUCUGUUUUCAUAAAUGGGAAAGCACAUGGUUUUUUCAAAGAAACUAGAGGACUUAAACAAGGAGACCUUCUUUCCGCAACUAUUUUUAUUCUGGUCUUAGAUUAUCUAUCAAGACACAUUGAUGGCUAG